AAACCACUUUAAAAUGCGCUAUAUCUUUGCGUAAGUGCGCAUGUGUGGUACAGAAUUUCACACAGCACUCCUUGGGAUUGUGGAAUGAAAGCAGACAACAGUACGUCGUAUAUCUUUGCACGCCACGGGUGCAGUGAAUGAGACAAGAACAUUCGCAUGGUCACUGCAAACUGGAUCCCAAAUCUUCUUCGUUUACUAUGGUGCUGGUGGUUGACAAACUGGAGAAACAUAUUCAAGAAAUGGACGACGGCAGUUACAUCGAGUUUGAUGUGCCGGAGUUCAGCAACACUGUCCUGACUCAGCUCAAUGAGUUGCGACUACAGGGCAAGUUAUGUGACAUCAUUGUUCACAUACAGGGUCAGCCAUUUCGCGCCCACAAGGCUGUUCUGGCAGCUAGCUCACCCUAUUUUCGAGACCACUCUGCUCUCAGCACCAUGAGUGGCCUUUCAAUCUCUGUCAUCAAAAGCCCUGAGGUGUUUGAGCAGCUACUUGCGUUCUGCUACACAGGUCAUAUGUCCCUGCAGCUUAAGGACAUUAUCAGUUUCCUCACUGCUGCCAGCUUUCUGCAGAUGCAGGUCAUUAUUGAUAAGUGUACUCAUAUCCUUGAGAGCAUCCACUCCAAAAUAAGCCUCCCAGUUAAUACCUGCAGCCCAGAGAAGGAUGAUUCGCAGACCACUCGCAACGGGGUCAACGACAGCAACCUCUUUGUCAACCCCACACAGAUAUCCCCCCCUUACUACUCCCGUCAGAGUCACGCAGGACAUGAAGCACGCUUGGAUCUCACAGGCAAAGGCCUGGGUCGUGGUCGACAGCAACAAGAGGAAGGCCAAUCAGAUCGUGGCAGCACUGAUAGCGUGUCAGAACAUGAUGCUCCAAUGGAAGGAGAAAUGGAACAAGUGGAGUUAAUUGGCAAAGACGGGCAAGUCACAGAUGUGCAUGUGAAAGUGGAGAAGACUGAGAGGCCUACUUAUUCCGAUAGUUCCUCAGCUGGGGAUGAUGGCUACCAUACAGAGUUAGUAGAUGGAGAGCAAGUUCUGGCUGUUAGUGUGGGUUCUUAUGGUCCAGUUAUCCAGUCUGCUGCCUACUCCUACUCAGGGCUGUCUUCCCCGUGCUUUGUUAACCUCAACAGCUCCAGUCCAUCCCGUUCCAUACUCAGUGGCUUCAGAGGUGGUAGAGCAAGAGCAAAGCGCCCUUUGGCCAUCCCGGCAGCGGUAUUAAGUCACGUCAAACAGGGCACGGAUGAUACCGAAUCCGCUGUGGGACCCACAAUAUUGGAGAAUGACGUGCGAGAGCGUAGUCUGAGGAGUCAGUGGUACCCAUACAACGAAAGACUCAUUUGCGUCUACUGCGGUAAGACCUUCAAUCAGAAAGGGAGCCUCGACCGUCACAUGCGCCUGCAUAUGGGCAUCACCCCGUUUGUUUGUAAAUUCUGUGGCAAGAAGUAUACAAGGAAAGACCAAUUGGAGUAUCACAUCCGUGGCCACACGGACAACAAGCCGUUCCACUGCCAGAUCUGUGGAAAAUGCUUCCCAUUUCAGGGCACCCUAAACCAGCACCUGAGGAAGAAGCACAUGGGAGUAUCGGAGGGCAACAAUCACGUGGACUCUCCAGAGAGGACGGAGGGAAACUCGGGUCAGAAAGACCAAGAGGAUACCGCCGAGGGGAUAGCAUAUGAGGCGCAAUAUGCAGAAGAGGCACCAGUCGACGAUAUGGAAGAGAGUUCCAAAUGCAGUCCAGAAGAGGCUCAGGCAUCCAGAUGUGAUUAUUAGGAUCUGCUUCAGGUUAAAGAAGCUUUAAGAAAUGUUUUUCAAAUCAAUUUAAGGAUUUUUUUCAGCUCUCUCUGCUCUAGACAUUUCUUACUUUAAGGGGUGCUGCCAAUUUUGUGAACGCUAGGUGUCAAGUACAGAGUAAAGCGAGUUACUUGGGAAGCUGCAUCUUAACUAUUUUUGCUGAGGUCCCAAUUAGGUAGACACCCCCCCCCCCCCCCUUCUCCUCGCCCUCUUUGGCUCCCAGAUGAUUUCUCUUUAUAUCUUUCCAUGUUUUUAAAAACAUAUUUACAGAGUUAUAUAGGCAUGUUGCAAUAAUUGAAAAUGUGAAAGCUCUGGUAAGAUGCUUGUCAUAUCACCUUUUAACCUGACCUGUUUUUGCACAUACGGCCACAGGAGGUCACUCACUCACUAGAAAUAAUCUUUUCUUUUCCUCCUCUUAUGUUUUAUUUUUUAAUUGCAAAGCUUUUUGUGACAUAUCCGUUCAAUACCUCAUGAUACAACUACAUACUCACUCAUAACAGUAUUUUCACUUCUAUGGAACUUACUUGGUUCUACCUCAUGGCCAAUAACCUACCGGGCACAAACAAGUUCACUGUAAGAAAUCAAUUUUACAAUCCAUGUACAGUAUUUUGCCAAACUAUGGAAAGAAAAUUCUCGAAAUGUAAAGACAGCGGUCAAACUCCUUCAUUGUCUGGUUCAGACUUGCACCAAGUGGAUAUGCUAAACUGAGUUCAUUUAGUAUGCUAGUGGGUUUGUUAUGGGAACAAUUGGACAAGAGAGAGAGAAUAGAUGGUCCAGUGUACUUAUCCAUUUAUAUCAGUUUGCUGUCUAACGCGUUUGUUUUUCCUCACCCCCCCCCCCCCCAACACAGAAUUUGUAUGUCACCAAUUCUUGUGGCAUACUGUACCAUAAACCAUAGAUUUUACAUACUGUUAACUGUGAAAGGAGGCUCUGUAUGUGAAGUCCAACAUAUUCCCUCACACUGGGAUUUCUAAUUCACAUUAGAAUGUGUUACUUUGUUUGACUCGAGCUGGGUUAGGUAGGCUAAAACUCACUCAUUCAUAGCAGUCGCAACAACUCCGGUUCAGUUCACGCACAGUAUAACAAAAGUUCUAAUACCAAUAAUAUGCAAAAGGAAGCAAAGGAAACUCAGCCAUUUUGACAUGGUUUUUCUUCCGAUUUGUUUUUUUUUUUUUUUUUUUUUUCGUUUUUCUUUUUGCAAGGACUCUUGCAUUUAAUUCUUUCCUCUUUUUGUCCAUGUUUAUUCUAUCUUACCUGCCUGAUUGUUCUCUGCAUUGGUGCAGGUCAAAUAUAAAUGUAAAAACCAAGGUUGUCUUCAGCAAUCAAUACCACUUUUUGACAUGCGUGGCUAAAACAAGAGAUAAAUAUUAAAGGUCGUGAAAGAACGUGAUACAAAGUAUUGAUGCACUUUGCAUAGUUGGAGGGAUUGAUGUCCCGUGACAGUUUGGUAAUCUUUUUUUUUUUUUUUUUUUUUUGUAUCAAGAGUAGUACAGAGCUAC